AUGACAGAUUCAAAAGUUGAACCAAUUGUUGUAUUACAAUAUGAACACUUACCCGAGUAUCGAGUGGUGAAUCUAAAGAGUAGUACACAGAGCAUUCAAGUCGAUGGCGAUACAGAUGAACCAUUCCUAUCGACUAGAUCAUUAUUGGAAGAGAUUGUAUUUAGCUCCACCAGUGCCGGUGGCAAACCCAACCCUUCCGACAUUACACAAAAAUUAAUAGAGCACUGCAGUCAGGUCACACAUCGCGCCAGAGAUUUUAUGGAAAAGUUCCCAAACAAAAAACAACCAAACGAUUAUCGAGAGUAUCCUGGUAAAAUGGAUCAUACUACUUGUGUAACUUUUCAAAUUGGUCGUUCAAAAUAA